AUGUCUUCCUUCAAUAUGGUCCAUGCCAUUGGCAACUAUGCGGUAAACUUCCCCGCGAAGACUUUUUCCGGCGCUGUGAUCGGCUGCUUGGCACUGUAUCAUUUUUACUCAAAAUUCUCGACGACGCGUAAGAAUCAGGCAGUGAUGACUAGUGAAAAGCAUAAUCUGGCAGAUGAACUCGUCCUCCUCACCGGUGGAAGUGGUGGAAUAGGAAAACACAUAAUCGAGCAUUUGGCACACAAGAAGGCCCGAGUUCUGGUCCUUGAUGUCAAAAAGCCCGAGUUCGAGCUUUCAACCGGCAUCGCCUUUUAUCAGACUGACAUCACUUCAACAAACGAUAUAUCUAGAGUUGCCUCAAAGAUCCGUAGUUUACAUGGAGACCCUACAGUUCUUGUGAAUGCGGCGGGCAUCUUUCACUGUGGUUCUCUCCUUGAAAAGAGCGAGCGAGAGAUCCGCGAGACUUUCGAAGUGAAUACCGUUUCACACUUCCUUCUAAUAAAGGAAUUCCUUCCGUCUAUGAUCAAACAUAACAGAGGUCACAUCAUCACAAUCGCAAGUAUUGCAAGCUUUGUGACAGUUGCCGAGAUGGUAGACUACUGUUGCACGAAAGCCAGUGCGUUGGCUUUCCACGAGGGAGUCAAACAGGAGCUGAAAUACUGGUACAAUGCCCCGAACGUCAAAACAAGCAUCAUCCAUCCACUUUGGGUCGAGACUUCUAUGAUCAAAGGUUUCAUGCAAUAUCAAUCCCAAUUUGCUCAACCUAUCAUGAAACCGGAAGUUGUUGCUAAAGCUGUUCUUGAGCAAGUGUUACUAAAACGAGGAGAUCAAGUCUUUCUUCCUAAGAAGAUGUGGAUCGGCGGGGUACUGAGAGCACUGCCACAGAGGCUGCAAGAGAUGAUACGAUCGGUUUACUCAAAGAUUUUGUGGCGAGUGAGGAAUGCACGACUCGCCGACAAAGAGCAUUCCAGCUGA